ACUGACACAGCACAUGUUAUGUCCGAAAAGCGCUCCGUCUCACCAGCUUCAAUCCCCGAAACCCAUUCCCCGCUGCAACUUCUUCAUAAGACCUAUUGCACGCAAACCCAUUGCUUCUAUGAACACCUCCAGAGCUCUGCAGAGAAUCAAGCUAGUUCAGAAAAUACUCACAGCUAGGCCAUCAGGUGAGGUUCAAAAACCUGGGUCUAUUCAUGUUCAUGUUGAGAGCGUGUGCACUUACUCCUGUCAACCCCGUUAGGACGAAUCAGUCAAUUUGCAACCAUGGCUACCACGACAGAUGUCAAGAAGUACAAGUUCAACCACUCGAUGAUUCGAGUGAAGGACCCCAAGGCUUCGGUCAAGUUCUACGAGACCCUCGGCAUGAAGGUUAUUAAGAAGAUCCCGCAGCCCGAAGCCAAGUUCGAUCUCUACUUUCUGGCCUACGACUCGCCUAACGCUCUAUCGGCGGGCAACGACGCCUUAGACCGUGAAGGGAUUAUCGAGCUGACGCACAACUACGGUACCGAGAAUGACCCCGAGUACAAGAUCAACAACGGUAACACGGAGCCACACCGAGGCUUCGGCCACACUUGCAUCAGCGUCGACAACAUCCAAGCGGCGUGCCAGCGCCUCGAGGACGCCGGCUACACCUUCAAGAAGAAGCUUACAGACGGCAGGAUGCGCCACAUCGCGUUCGUGCUGGACCCGGACCAGUAUUGGGUCGAGAUCAUUGGGCAGAAGCCGAUCGAGCAGACGGAGAACGUCAAGGAGACGGAUGUGACGACAUACCGAAUGAACCACACGAUGCUCCGCGUCAAGGACCCCAGGAAGUCGCUUAAGUUCUACCAGGAAGUUCUUGGCAUGUCGUUGAUCCGCAAGAACGAGUCCAGCGAUUUCACGCUCUUCUUCCUGGCCUACGGCGAUCUCAAGGAGGGCGAGAGCCAGGCGCAGCGCGAGGGUAUCCUCGAGCUAACGUGGAACCACGGUACCGAGAAGGACGAGAACUUCAGCUACCACAACGGCAAUGACCAGCCUCAGGGCUUUGGACACAUUUGCGUCUCGGUCGACAAUAUUGAGGCUGCAUGCGCGCGUUUCGAAGCCUUGAAUUGCAACUGGAAGAAGCGCCUUACCGACGGUCGCAUGAAGAAUAUUGCUUUCCUGCUGGAUCCCGACAACUACUGGGUUGAGGUUGUUCAGAACCAGAGCUUACCAGCUUAAUUGGAUAGGGAGGAACAACCGAUUGUGACUCGGGGAAGCGAAGCGGAACGACAUUCGAACGAAAUGGUGGGGCGGAUGAGUCGGUGCAGGGUGGGGGCGUACUACAAAUGAGUUGUACAUUGUAUUUGACUUCCAGUCGACAGAGCCAUUCCGGCGGGUCCUGGGUGAUUGCUGGUCCCUAGAUAGGUCGUGAGCCCCAGCGGAUACUCUAGGACGCUCGCAUAUACCUGCCGAUGUAUUCUUGAAUUGAGAUAGGCUCCGAAAGAAACUGAUUUGGAAUGGCCAAUCCUGAUGAUGGGAUAACAAAUUUUAUGUGGCUGGCGCUGUGUACACGGCAGAUAGGUAGUUAAAUACGUACCUCAUUACAGUUGGGAUCCGAAUGUUAAAAGAACAGUCCGCCGAUCCUCGG